UAGACUGUUAUUUAGACCGUUUAAAUCCGAUGUAAGAAACAUUUCCAUUUAUUAUGUCGUGCAACACCCCUGUGUUUGAGAUUGGUAGAGCCCGUUGAAACACAGCUAGGCGAUCCAACAGAGCUGUCGCGCAGCGCAGUCUAAUGAAUUUAUUCCUGCAGAAUUGGCCAGUCAGUGGAUGAGAUUCUUCUUUGAGCUCUCUUCUUGGAUCAAGUGCGUCACAGCUGGAGCACAUCUGUAGGUUAUUCUCUUAACCAUCAUCCCAGUUCUCCGUUCAAUGCCUAACACUGUGGAAAGUGAAGGCGCCAAGGUAUCUGCUAGUACUGAUCAGGAGGCCCCAUCACGGGCCCCGGCCAGAGAGGAUGAGCGUGAGCGCAGCUUCCUGAGUCCGAUGACGCGUGAUGCGCUGCGGGUACGACGGGCCUCCAGCGCAGAGCUCCAGCUUCCAUGGACCUGCCCUGUAACACACUCCCGAGAGAAGUUCUACACCGUCUGCUCAGACUAUGCGCUGCUCAACCGAGCCCGACCCAUUAACACAACUGAAGAUGCGCCACCGACCAAUGCAGACACCACGUCAUUAGUCAAGACCAGCGCUACAACCCCUUCCCAGAGUCACUCAGGGGGGAAAAGUGUGUCUGUAGAUGGAAACUGUGAUAUGGAGAUCGUGUCAUCCAGCAACAAGCCUGUGCUCGCCUGGGAGAUUGACACCUCUGAUUUUGAUGCAGUUUUAACACGGAAAGCCAGAACAAGUACGUGUCUUCAAAUGUUGACUACUGUGUGUGUGUGUGUGUGUGUGUGUGUGUGUGUGUGUGUGUGUGUGUGUGUGUGUGUGUGUAUAUAUAUAGUUUUAUUAACAUGUAGCAGAUUUGAUAAUUAUUUAUUUCAUUCUGCUAAAGUCAGUAAAAUCAUUAGUUAUUUGGAGGAGAUCAAACAGAGAAAAGUCUUGGACCUCCGUAGAUGGUACUGCAUCAGCCGCCCCCAGUAUAAGACCUCAUGUGGAAUCUCCUCACUUGUCUCCUGUUGGAACUUUCUCUACAGUACUUUAGGAGCAGGCAGUCUCCCACCUAUUUCUCAAGAAGAUGCCCUGCACAUACUUGGUUUCCAGCCUCCGUUUGAAGAUAUCAAGUUUGGACCAUUCACUGGCAAUGCCACUUUGAUGCGAAGGUUUGUAGUCUUGAAAGAUGUCUCUUAUGAUGUUUGGGGAUGCACUUACAUUCUGUACAAACCUCAUGGGAAGCACAAGACAGCGGGAGAGACAGCUGAGGGGGCACUGCUGAAGCUGACGCAGGGACUUAAAGAUGAAUCCAUGGCCUACAUUUACCACUGUCAGAAUCACUACUUCUGUCCUGUGGGCUAUGAAGCUACACCACUAAAAGCAGCCAAAGCUUACAGGGGGCCACUGCCGCUUAAUGAGACGGAGCACUGGAUUCUCAUUGGUGAACCAAGCAGGAAACACCCUGCAAUCCACUGUAAAAAAUGGGCAGAUAUUGUGACGGAUCUGAACACACAAAACCCAGAAUACUUUGACAUUCGCCACAUAGAGAGAGGCAUUCAGUAUCGCAAAACCAAAAAGGUUGGAGGCAAUCUGCAUUGCAUCAUGGCCUUCCAGAGAGUCAACUGGCAAAAGUUGGGACCAUGGGCACUGAAUUUGGAAAAUCUGAGGCAUGAUCUUCACCAUCAGGCUCCAGAACACAGAGGUCAAGCUGCGCCAGAGGACGGUUCUGAGGAGCGAGCGGUGAAACGUCUGGGCAGAUCCCUCAGUACGGGGAACAAGUCUGAGAAUGCCUGGAAGCGUUUGUCCAACACAGCAGAGUACAGGCACAGAAGCUCUCCAGACAGUGACCUAGAUGAAGACAUAACUGACUAAAUCAAAAGUGUCCAACCCUCCUCCUGAAGAGCCAAUUGAGUUUUCACCGGUUUUAAACAAGAAUAUUUACCUUCCCAUGUUGUUAGCAACAGUGGAAAGUUAGAAUUGCAUAUCAUAGAUGAGGUUGCAAGCCAAAUGGUGGGGUUAAUGCUCUGGUAACCCAUAAGGAAGAAGCCAUCUGUGGAGGACGCCACAAUUUUACAGCAAAUUCCAGAGCCCUCAGUAAUGUGGCAUUAAAUUAAGAUUAGAAAUACUUAACAAUGGCCCUCUCUCCAAGACGUUGAGUCACAUCCUGUAGGUCAAAAUGCUGCUUUCUUGAAACAUAUUGUGGAUAAACUAAUCAUUAAAUAAAUGUGCAAUUAACUGCAUUAAAGGUGUGGUAACAUUUACCAUUGUUCUGCAAAUUUUCGCAGGUGAAAUCCAGCAACUUCAAUAGGAAUCCUCACAAUCAGGAAUUUCAAGCAAGGGAGAAAGAUUUCCCCAGCUUUUGACCAACAGAAAGCUGCUUGGUUUGAAAGUGACUACGCUUCAUAGAUUGCUACACUAUACACAGUGGACAAUUUUUUGCCUGCAAAAAGUACUAAGAAUGUGAAGUGAAUAUUUAGCAUCAUUCCAUUUCAGUUAUAUGCUAUUUGGUGCAUUUAUAUGCUACUGAUGGUAGAUCAUUGGAGGACAGUAUGGACUGAAAAAUAACACCGUUCUUUAUGAAGACUGGUUCUACUAUUGUAUAAACAAAAACGGCUUUAUUAUUGCAAGUCAAAAAAAAAUACAAAGUAAGUCAAGGUCAUCAUAAAGAUGUCAGACUGUUUAAUAAUGUGACCAUUUGAUAUUUCAAUGGAUCUGAUUGUGACAGUCCAAUGAGAUGGUGCCAUCUUAUUGUAACUAGCAACUUGAAAGAUUACAAUCACGUUCUUUGUGAAACGCUGUGAGCUAAGAUUGCAUGAUUGCUUCCAUGUCAUGUGAAUUGUGAUUUGUUCUUGCUUUAACACAGCAACAUCUAAUGUAUAAUGUUCAAGUCAUCACCAAUCUCACACUCAUGUGAAUCUAGCGUGUUGGUUUUAUUUUUAUUUAUAAAUAAAACAAAAUAUUUAUA